GAGCGGGAGCGGGACCGCCGGGAGCGCUCUCGGGAACGGGAGCGGCGCCGUUCUCGCUCUCGGGAGCGGCGGCGGCGGACGCGGAGCCGCGAGAAGGACGAGCGGGAGCGCAAACGCGGCGGGAGCCGCGACCGCAGCAAAGAUCGCGACCGAGAUCGCGACAGAAAACGCCGCUCCCGCUCCCGGGAACGCAAACGCGAACGGGAACGCGACAAAAAGGAUGAAGGAGCCCCGGAAAACGCCGAGACCCCCGAGGAGAUGGGAGGAGGAGGAGGAGGAGGAGGAGGGGACGCGGGAGGAGCCGAGGGGUUACCGGGAGGGGACGCGGGUGACAAACGCGACCGGGAACGGGAACGGCGCCGCGGGCACCGGGAGAGGGAGCGGAGGAGGGAACGCGAUCGGGAUCGGGAUCGGGAACACAAACGGGACCGGGAGCGGCGCGAUGAGAGAGCGGCGGGGAGCGGGGCAGGAACCGGCACCGGGGGAGGAACCGGCACCGGAGCGGGACCCGAGAGCGGCGACAGCGGCGCCGGGGGGGACUCGGAAAUGUUCCUGUCCCCCGAGGGGAUGGCGGCCAGCGAUGGCUACCUGGGAGCGGAGAAUGGCUACCUGCUGGAGCCGCCGCUGGAGUGACGGCAGAGCGAAUAAAAAAAGGGCUUUUAGCGGAAAAGUGGAAAUAAAAAAU